UUAUAUAAAGACCAAGUGUAUGUGGACUUGAAAAGCAACAAAGAAAAAAAACUCUUUGUGCAACAUGGCCAGCUCAGAUAAUGAUCAUCACACUGAAGAGGCAGUUAAUGGCGGGCAGCAGCUCAAAGGUAGGAAAGUGUCAUGGGCAAAGCUAGCUCGUAUCGAUUCUCUCAACUUGGAAGCUGGAAAAGUUUCUUCCACUCAUGCAACACACAAAUCUAAGGCUGAUUGGAAGACAAUAUUGAGUUUAGCAUUUCAAUCAGUAGGAGUUAUCUAUGGAGACAUAGGGACUUCUCCUCUCUAUGUUUUUGCAAGUACUUUUACUGAUAAAAUUGGACACAAGGAUGAUAUUCUUGGUGUAUUGUCCCUCAUCAUAUAUACCAUAAUCCUUGUACCUAUGACUAAGUAUGUCUUCAUUGUCUUGUGGGCAAACAACAAUGGAGAUGGGGGAGCAUUUGCGUUGUAUUCCUUAUUGUGUCGAUAUGCAAAACUGAGUCUAAUUCCAAAUCAAGAGCCAGAGGACAGGGAGCUUUCACACUAUAGUCUGGAUAUUCCAUCCAAUCAUGUUAGAAGAGCUCAAAGAAUCAGACAAAGUUUGGAAAAUAGUAAAUUUGCCAAAGUUUUUCUCGUCUUUCUUGCCAUCCUUGGAACAUCUAUGGUCAUUGGUGAUGGAGUUCUCACUCCUUGCAUUUCAGUGCUCUCUGCCGUAAGUGGAAUAAAACCCCUAGGUGAAGGGGCUGUUGUUGGUAUUUCCAUAGUAAUAUUGGUAGCCCUUUUCUGUGUUCAACAUUUGGGUACAGACAAGGUGGGAUAUACCUUUGCUCCAGCCAUAUGCAUUUGGUUUUUGUUCAUAAGUGGAAUUGGUCUAUACAACUUGUUCAAGUAUGAUGUGAGCGUCUUACGCGCCUUUAAUCCCAUGUACAUUAUUCACUACUUCAAAAGAAACAGUAAAAAAGGGUGGGUUUCUCUUGGCGGAGUUUUCCUUUGCAUUACAGGAUCCGAAGCUAUGUUUGCUGAUUUAGGUCACUUUAGUGUGCGUUCUAUUCAAAUAAGCUUCAGUUGUCUAGUAUUUCCAGCUUUACUCUCAGCUUACAGUGGGCAAGCUGCUUACCUCUCAAAAUUCCCUGAAAAUGUAGCCAAUACUUUCUAUGACUCUGUUCCAGAUCCAAUUUACUGGCCAACAUUUGUAGUGGCUGUUGCUGCAGCUAUUAUUGCAAGUCAAGCAAUGAUUUCUGGAACAUUUUCUAUUGUGUCUCAAGCACAAAGCAUUGGUUGUUUUCCAAGGGUGAAGGUAAUUCACACAUCAAUCAAGCAUGGUGGUCAAGUAUACAUCCCGGAACUCAAUUACUUCCUCAUGAUUGCUUGUGUUUUAGUUACUCUCAGCUUCAAAACAACCGAAAAAUUGGGACAUGCUUAUGGUAUUGCUGUGGUUAGUGCUGAAAUCAUAACAACACAUAUGGUAACAUUAGUAAUGCUUGUUAUAUGGAAGACGAGAAUUUGGUGGAUUACCUUAUUCUACGGGGUGUAUCUUACCAUUGAAUCUACAUAUUUCUCAGCUCAGCUGACAAAAUUCAUUCAAGGUGGUUAUCUACCUAUGGUUUUCUCAGUCGUGCUUGUUAUCAUUAUGGGAACUUGGCAUUAUGUUCAAAAUCUUCGAUACCAAUUUGAGCUCAAUAACAAGGUUUCGAGUGACUACAUUAGGGACUUGGCUAAGAAUCCAGACAUUAAAAGAGUACCUGGGAUAGGGUUACUAUAUUCUGAAUUAGUACAAGGGAUUCCGCCUAUUUUCCCUCAUUUUGUCUCGAAUAUUCCCUCUGUUCACUCUGUUAUCGUUCUCGUGUCAAUUAAAUCAAUUCCUAUAAGUAAAGUAGCACUACAAGAACGUUUCUUGUUCCGUCAAGUUGAGCCUAGAGAAUACAAGGUAUUCAGAUGUGUAGUCAGAUUAGGCUACAAGGAUCAACUUGGUGAUACAACGGAUUUUGAAAACCAUUUGGUUGAACAAUUAAACAAAUUCAUACGACACGAGCAUUAUAUUCUUGCAGCACAUGAACAAGUCGCGGAUACAGAAGCAGAACCUGUAUCAGGGGAAGGAGUCCUUGGAAAAUCAUCCAGGGUCUACAUAGAGGAAGAUUUGCAACAACAAGUGGAUUCGAGAAUAUCAUCAUCAACUCAUUCCAUCCAAUCUAAUCGUUCAUCGAGCAGAAUACAAGUGGUGCCUCCAAAUACUUCGGGACAAGAAGAGAUGAAAUUUGUGGAAAAAGCUAAGGAGCAAGGAGUGUUCUAUCUAUUGGCAGAAGCAGAGGUGGUGGCUAAACAAGAUUCGUCGAUCGUGAAGAAAGGUUUUGUCAAUUAUGGUUAUAACUUUUUGCGCAAGAAUUUCAGGCAAGGGGAGAAAGUUAUGUCCAUUCCUCAAACAAGGCUUCUAAGGGUUGGCAUGACUUAUGAGCUAUAACAAACAGGGUGAAUAAUAUUAUGAUUUCUGCAUUUUGUGCAUCUUUGUUCUCUCUUUUUUUUUAUCCUUUAAUAAAGUGUGCAAGCUUUAAGAUUGA